AUGGCAGAAAGCUGUGGGCAGGAGCAGACAAGGUGGAUAACGACCGUCAUUAUGAGCACAGCUCUGCAGGAUCAUGAAAUUUCUACAGUUCUGCAGAGGCAACAACACCGAGUUCGAUAUUCAGAGUCAGUGGAAACUGGAUCUGUGAUUUUUCCUCUUUCUGGCAUUGCAUUUAUUCUGUCAGACACUCAAGACUUGCUCAGGACAGGGGAAGAAGAGUUUUCCAAAAGAAUUCAGAAGUUCAUAAACAUCCAUCGGAACAGCUUUUUCGUUUUGUCAGCUGCUCUUCAUGGACCAGAAGAAUGGAGUGUCAUGUUCAGGAUUCAGAGAAGAUUCCUGGGCAGCAAUUUACGUGUAAUACCAGUUCAUAAUCCUGCUGAAACUGUUAAAUUAAUGCUAACUAUGGCUAGGGUAACUUCCAAGCCACAAGCAGAUGAUACUCGUUGCAAAAUAGAAAUGACAAAAGCCCAAAUAAUAGAAAAAAGUCCAGUUUGGAAGAUGCUUCAGGAGUACCAAUCGCACCGUAAUUAACUUAAUAUUUGUU